AAUCCCCCGAGGUCCUGUCCAGCAGCCCCUGGAGGAUCGGAUCUUCACCCCGACCGUGUCGGCUGUGUACAGCACUUUUAUCUCCACACAGGUAACACAAGUAGCAAGACAACCGGGUCCUCCUGCCCCAUCCCCUUACACUGCACAUGAAAUAAAUAAGGGACACCCAAACCUUGCUGCAACACCACCGGGACAUGCAUCGUCCCCUGGGCUCUCACAGGCUCCUUACCCCUCAGGACAGAAUGCAGCUCCAACCACGUUGGUGUACCCUCAAGCCCCUCAAACAAUGAGCACGCAGCCUCAGACCCGCUCACCGCCCAGCAGAACAGUGCCAAUACAUUGCACAGAAAACUGGAAGAGGAGGAAGGUUUUGGAACAGAGUCCGGUUUACAGGUCCCUGGCUGGAAGAGGCUGGAUAAAAUACUGCAUUUUUGCAGCGGGGCCUCGACCUGCCCAUCACCAGGGAGGAUUCAGACCUAUCCAGUUUUUUCAGAGGCCUCAGAUCCAGCCUCCCAGAGCCACCAUCCAGAACAGCAGCCCCUCCAUCCGUCCCGGAGCGCAGACCCCGACUGCCGUGUACCAAACCAACCAGCACAUCAUGAUGGUCAACCACCUGCCAAUGCCCUACCCCAUGCCUCAGGGCCCCCAGUACUGUAUCCCACAGUAUCGUCACAGUGGCCCCCCGUACGUCGGGCCGCCCCAGCAAUAUCCCGUGCAGCCUCCAGGACCGGGACCCUUUUAUCCAGGCCCAGGUCCUGGAGAAUUCCCCAAUGCCUAUGGAACACCCUUCUACCCCAGCCAGCCCGUGUACCAGUCUGCACCCAUCAUUGUGCCUACGCAGCAGCAGCAGCCGCCGCCUGCCAAGAGAGAGAAGAAGACGAUCCGAAUCCGGGAUCCAAACCAGGGAGGCAAAGACAUAACAGAAGAAAUCAUGUCUGGAGGGGGCAGCAGGAACCCCACGCCCCCCACCGUCAGACCCAGCUCCACCCCGACUCCACCUCAGGCUCACCCUGUUGUCCCUCCUGCCCAGCAGGUGCCCAGCCAGGUCCCCGAGCCCGUUCCCACGGCGUUGGGAGCCACGGAGAGCUCCCACCCCUCUGGCAGCACCCCCGGCACCACGGCCCCCGCCUCCAAACAAGAAGAGAAGCCAAAACCAGAUCCAGUAUUAAAACCACCUUCUCCAGUCCUCAGACCAGAACCUACUGGGGAGAAGAAAGAUCAAACCGGGCAGACAACCGAGGCCCCCACCUCAGCAGAAACGCCAGCAGAGCUUCCUCGUGCUCCGUCGCCAGCCCCGGCCGCUCCGGUCGCGGCCGUCCCUGCGGCUGCCACCGCUGUGCCCGCGCCCGGCAAAGCCCCGCCCGCGGCCGAGCCGGAGGACAAACGCGAACCGGCCUCUCCCAGAGAGGAGGCGAUGCCUACCCCCAGUGCCGCCGCCUGCCCGGAGCCGGCGGCCCCUCCUGCAGAUGAGCCCGGUGCCGAGGUGUGCGCAGAGCCCAGCAGUGCGGUAGCAUCGCCCGGUGACGCCCCGGUGCCAGUGCCGGUGCCGGUGCCAGCCGGGCCCAGCGUCGUCAGUGACACCAGCAGCGCCAGGGCCGAGCCUGUGGCAGAGGCGGCCCAGGCAGAAGCUGCAGCGUUGACUGUGGAGUUGGAGACCUCCGAGGCCCUCCCAGCAGAGCUGGAGAGUGCUCCAUCACCUCCCAGUGCUCCUCACACUGCUCCCUCUCCUCCUCCCACCCCUCCGCCCACCCCGCCGCCCCCGUCCCCUCCGGUUUCUGUUGCUGCUGUUACCACUACAACUCCUUCUCCACCUCCUCUCCUGUCUUCGAGUGCCCUCCCUGUUGUCCAGGGAGAUUUAGAAGGAGAGGAGAGCACAAGAACUACUCUUAGUGAAGAGGUAAAAGAUACUGAAGAGAAGGAAGAGGCAGAAACAGAUGGGCAGCUGGAGGAGAGCCAGGAGGCUCUGGGUGUGAACUCGAGCAGGAGUCCUGUCCCAGCCCAAACUGCUGUAACUGCACCAAAGACCUGGAAGAAACCAAAAGACCGGACCCAAGCCACUGAGGAGGUGACAAAGGCAGAGACAGAGCCCAAGGAGGAGGAAGAGGAGGAGGAACCUUCAGGGGACAAAGUACUUGAAUCCGACCAGGAGAAAAUGACCCAUGGGCUUCAACCAGAGAGGGAACCCUUAGAGCUCAAACCAGUGAAACCCAUGGAAGAGAACGGGGAGCAGGAGGCAGAGCUGGUGCGAAACGGUGCUGAGAGUGUCUCGGAGGGCGAAGGCACUGACGCCAACUCCGGCUGCACGGAGAGCUCCGGAGAGGGCCCCGUGUACCAGUGCAAACCAGAGCAGUGGAAGCCCCUGGACCCAGAGGGGAAGAAGCAAUACGACCGGGAAUUCCUGCUGGAUAUCCAGUUCAUGCCUGCCUGUAUCCAGAAGCCCGAGGGGCUGCCUCCCAUCAGCGACGUGGUGCUCGACAAGGUGAGAGGAGAGCCCAUAAAACAGAUCAGUCAGCCAAAAUUGCCACUGAGGACUCUGGACCCUCGGAUCCUGCCACGAGGCCCCGACUUCACGCCAGCCUUCGCUGAUUUUGGGAGGCAAGCCCCCGGGGGAAGAAACGUGUCUGGAAGUGCCUGCAAAGUGCAGAGCACCCCUGGAUUGCCCUCCCUGGCUCGGUGUGGGCCCCCAGCAUGCCCUCUCUUGGUCUCGUCUCACCCACCAUUGAGGAACCUGCCGAUAGGGUUGUUGAAUGUUGGACCGAGGAGAUCUCAGCCGGGCCAGAGGAGGGAGCCCAGGAAGAUCAUCACUGUGUGUGUGAAGGAGGAUGUGCACCUGAAGAAGGCGGAGAACGCCUGGAAGCCGAGCCUGAAGAGGGAAAACCAAACGGAGGACCCGGAAAAUGUCAAAACCCAGGAGCUGUUCCGCAAGGUACGAAGCAUCUUGAACAAGCUGACGCCCCAGAUGUUCAACCAGCUCAUGAAGCAGGUGACAGACCUGACGGUGGACACGGAGGAGAGGCUGAAGGGAGUCAUCGACCUGGUCUUUGAGAAGGCCAUCGACGAGCCCAGCUUCUCCGUGGCCUAUGCCAACAUGUGCCGGUGCCUGGUGACGCUGAAAGUGCCCAUGGCAGACAAACCUGGGAGCACGGUAAAUUUCCGUAAGUUGCUGUUAAAUCGCUGCCAGAAGGAGUUUGAAAAGGACAAGGCUGACGAUGAUGUCUUUGAAAAGAAGCAGAAAGAACUCGAAGCUGCCACCACUCCGGAGGAGAAGACGCGGCUCCAUGACGAGCUAGAAGAGGCCAAGGACAAAGCCCGGCGAAGAUCCAUCGGGAAUAUAAAAUUCAUUGGCGAGCUUUUCAAGCUGAAGAUGCUGACGGAGGCCAUCAUGCACGACUGCGUGGUGAAGCUGCUGAAAAACCACGACGAGGAGUCUCUCGAGUGCCUUUGCCGCCUGCUCACGACCAUUGGCAAGGACCUGGACUUUGAGAAGGCAAAGCCCCGCAUGGAUCAGUAUUUUAACCAGAUGGAGAAGAUUGUGAAAGAGAGGAAAACCUCUUCAAGGAUUCGGUUCAUGCUUCAGGAUGUAAUAGACCUAAGGCUGUGCAACUGGGUGUCACGGAGAGCAGACCAGGGCCCCAAGACCAUCGAGCAGAUCCAUAAAGAAGCCAAGAUUGAAGAGCAAGAAGAACAGAGGAAGGUGCAACAACUCAUGACCAAAGACAAGAGGAGACCAGGUGUCCUGCGGGUUGAUGAAGGCGGCUGGAACACUGUGCAGGGGGCAAAGAACAGCAGAGUGCUGGACCCCACCAAGUUCCUUAAAAUCACCAAGCCCACAAUAGAUGAGAAGAUUCAGCUUGUGCCUAAAGCCCAGUUGGGCAGCUGGGGGAAGGGCAGCAGUGGUGGAGCCAAGGCAAGCGAGAUGGACUCCUUGCGACCAAGUGCCACAAGUCUGAACAGAUUUUCUGCCCUGCAGCCUCCAGUCUCCCCAGUAUCUGCCUCAUCUGCAUCUUCAGAACUAGAAUCUCGCAGGGCCUUAACGAGUCGCGGGAGCACGGGCAGGGAGAAGAAUGACAAACCUCUGCCACCUUCCCUGGCCCGGCCCAACACCUUCCUCCGGGGCAGCAGCAGCAAGGAGCUGCUCCUGGACAACCAGGCCCAGGAGGAGCAGCGCAGGGAGAUGCUGGAGACGGUGAAGCAGCUGACAGGAGGAAUGGAGAUGGACAGGAACAGCACCGAGGCCGAAAGGAGCAAAGCCAAGGAACCUGCCAAGCCAGAAGCUCCCCCAGCUCCAGUGCAAGAAAAGCCUUCACUGUCAGAAGAGGAAAUAGAGAGAAAAUGCAAAUCUAUCAUUGAUGAGUUCUUGCAUAUUAAUGAUUUUAAGGAGGCCAUGCAGUGUGUGGAGGAGCUGAGUGCCCAGAACCUGCUGCCCGUGUUCGUGCGCGUGGGCGUGGAGUCAACGCUGGAGCGGAGUCAGAUCACCAGGGAUCACAUGGGCCAGUUGUUACAUCAGCUGGUGCAGUCAGGAAAGCUGAGCAAGCAGGAUUUCUUCAAGGGUUUUUCCGAGACCCUAGAGAUGGCGGAUGACAUGGCCAUAGAUAUACCCCAUAUCUGGUUGUACCUGGCUGAGUUGGUGACCCCCAUGUUAAAAGAAGGAGGAAUCUCUAUGAGAGAACUUAUACAAGAAUUUAGCAAACCCUUGCUUCCUGUGGGAAGAGCCGGCGUCUUGCUUGCUGAAAUCUUGCACCUUCUAUGCAAACAAAUGGUACCUUUGCACCUGGCUUCUCCCAGAAGCUAAGAGUGCUGAAAUGCUGCAAGAGGGACAUGCUCAAGGGAUUUCUGGGCUGACCAGAAGCAGCAAGUGCCGGGAAUCUUGCGAGAGAACUGUUCUUGCAGACCGGAGAGGUUCUCAGGGUUCGGAUAAGCUUCCGAUGGCCUCAGACUGCUGUGUGCUUAUCCAAACUAAACCUGCCGACUCUUGAGGUUCACUCAGCACUGGGGUAGUGACACCUCCUCACCCCGUGACUCCGAGAGCUCUCUUUCACACCUCACAGCUGCGUGUCCAACCAGUUUGGUGGUUUCCCUAUAACUCAUCUCCGGUUUUGUCUUUUUUUUGUUUUUUUGGUUUUUUUGGUUUUUUUGAGCCAGCUAAAUCCUGCACUUUGGAUAGUGUCUAUUUCCAACCCUGUAAAAUCCCUCACUUGCCUUUUUUUAUUAUUUUUCAAGCAUGCAUUCAAGUAAGGUUGAAUGUUCCAGGAGCAUUUCAGUCCAACAGUGCAGAGUGACUUUUUAUUUAUUUACUUUAGUCUUGUGCUCGUUUGGAGAGUCAAAUUCCAUUUUUUUUUUUUAAACUGUGAAAGAAAAGCUGCUGUGCUCUGGGUGUGGAAGCACAGCCUUGGGUCUUUGUUUCUGCCACAGCUUUCUGAUCUGAUCUUGUCCAGGCCAAGACUUGGACUCAGGUAUUUCAGUGUAACAUCAGCCAUCUGAUCCAGAUCUUGAUGGGUCAGAGCAGGAACUAUGCGCAGUGGGCUCUUAACAACCUAUAUCGUAAACUGAAAAUUGUAAUCUGCUUUGUAAACUUUAAAUCAGGCUGCAUUUCUCAGCUUGGUUUAGGCUACUCAGUGAUCUCCUGUGAGCAGGUGCUGUAAGGCGAAACUUUGGCAAAGCGUUUGGGUGAAAAGAGCUGGUUGUGCUCAGCGUUUUUAUUCCUGUCAGAACCGUGUAUGUCAGAACUGUGCUGUCUGAGGCAGGAGGCUCAAAGGUCAGUGUGACAUUAGAGGCUGCAAAAGGCUGAACUGUCUGUGCUCAAAGGCACUGCUCUCAAGGUUUGCAUAAACUCUAGGAAUUGAAGAGAGAAUUUGGGAUUACGUGCCUGAGUUUGAGGCAUGGUCUCUGGGCAGAAAACAGCGUGUAAAUGAGGAGCUUUCUCAAAGGAGCAGUUUGCCAGAGCCUUACUGUUAGGGCAAGGGAGUGUGAGUGACAGAAUCAGUCAGGAGAAGGAUCUGAGUCACUGGUGCCAGCUCUGUGUCAGGCCGUGGGAAGUGACCUGUUCCACGUGUCACUGCUCCUGGGUAACCUCGGAGGUCAUUGUGAGCCCCCCGUGUCACUUCUGCCUUGCCCGUUCCCCGUCACGAGGCGCUGCCCACCUGAGAGGACGUGCGUACCCGGGGGGAUUGCACACGUGGUUUCUCUUGCACGAGGUCUCCAGAUGUUCUCACUCAUUGCUGGGUGUUUGUUGGGUGGCUGAACUGUCCUUUAUUCCUCCUGACACAGCUGCACCAUUCCGGCCCCUGUGAGUUCCUGGGGUGUCCCUCAGCUCCUUCAAUAGACAA